AUGGGAAUGCUAGUCCGGCAGCUCCAGAGGCUCGUGAAGGAUGUCCGGGCUGGACGGCUGAGCAGCCUGGAUCCGGCUGCGGCGAUCAUCAGAGAGAACGCGCACAACUUUGGGACGUCGUUGCCUCCAGACGCCUUAGUUGACUACGCGGAGUGUGCUUGUGCGCUUGGGCACUAUGACAAGGCCGCCGAAGCCGUCGAGCUGUACGAAAUGACGGAACCUGAGGAUUCACAAACGCUCGCACGAGCAAAGCUACUGCGACAAGUAUCGGCAAUAAUGAGUGCCAGUUUGAUCUUCCUUACGAUAGUUCGUCCGCUGUUGAGACCAGGAUGGAAACAACAUUUGGUUGAUGCUUUCGAGAAUUUUCUUCGAGUUAGUGCUGCAGCCAGGAAUCCCGCAGUCGAGCGCGGCUCCAAAGAGCGAGUUCAGUCUGCGAAGGCGGCACCCCAGCAGAACGCGUUACAUCUUCCCUGGAAGAUUAACUUGAUUCUGCAGUCCGCGAGUUGCUUAGAAGACGCGGGACGAGUUGUUGAUGCUUUCAAGGCCACAGACGAGGCUGUCAAGCUCCUCGCAGAAGAAGGAGCGAAUCCAGGAUAUCGCGCUGACGCCCACAGCGAGCGGACGGUCCUCGAGUGGAAAGUUAUGCUGGCUCGGGCGACGCUGGCCAGCGCCUCAGACGCCCUCGUGACAAUUGUCCGCAAAGAAGCGGAGAAGAACGUCUGGUCGCGAAUGCAGACGGCAGCUGUUUUCGCCGCGCGUUCGCCAGGGCACGAAGCCGCAGCGGGGCUCGCGAAGGCGUGGUCGCUCGUCGAUCCCGAGUUCUUCGCUCUCUUUUCCAGGAACGGCUACGACUUUCAGGGGAAGCCUGAAGGCAGCCUGGAAGCCGCUGUCGCAGCGCUGCAGGCCCCCACCGCUUCUGCGAACGAACAACUCGCUGCUGUGAAGUUGGCGCGAACAGCCAUGACUCUGGGCCUGUGGCCUCUGGCUCGCCUGAUGGUCACGCGGCUGAAAUGCUGGCGAAAGCUCACCAGUCGCUGCACGCUCAUGCAGGAGCUGUUGUCAAUCGAACUCGACGUCCGCGUCUCGGAGCUCCGGCAGCAGGGGUCGGCAGACCAGGCGAUCUCGCCGGAAGACGAGGACCGGAGGAGAGACACUGCGUUGACGCGAAGAAUUCAGGCCGUGAGAGGCAUCGAGGAAUGCCUAGACAACGCCGAACAAAUCCCGCUCUGCUCCGACUUGGUGGAAGAGUGCGCCGUCAGCAUGUGGAACAUGGCGAGGCCCCUUUUCCUCGAACCCUAUCGCAGCCUCGUGUACCGCAGCCUUCACAGAGCAAGCGAAGCUCUCGAGAGGAUCCAGUCUCCCCUUGCCGCACUUAGAGUCAAUUUCUUGUACCAGGUCGCGCUUUGCGAAGCACACGAAGACCUUCCUGCAGUUGCCAAGGAAUCCAUCGAAAAAGCUCUCUCCAUCGAUUACACCAGCCCGCUUGAAGCCGCGACACGCCCUUCCUCAGGCGCUACCGAGGGAGCCUACCAGGGGGAAAGCGCAGUGCUGCGAGAGUUCAUGGAGUCGUUAAGUCUGCGGCCCUUGGACCGGUACUUCAAAUUGCUUUAUGAGGCUAUCAAGCCACAGGUGGUGACAGACGAUGGAGCCGUCACUCUUGAUCAGCUGCAGCUUCUUGCGGAUCGAAGUAAAUCCGACCUCUCGCUCAGGAACUAUCUUCCCAAGAUCGAGGCACUGCGCGACCAGUCCCUCGCGGAAUUGGCGCAGGCCGAAAGGGAGAGUUCACGUCGCUCUGUGGGCGUGGAACAGGCCGAGAUGGACAAGUAUGCGCGCGAGCAAAAGGUCGAUCGCCUCGUGAGGCUCCUCAGCCAAGUUGCGCAGCAAGCGUUUGAAAACGAGCAGUUCACCGUGGCCGCCAACUUGUGCAAAACUGUGUUGAGUCUCGUGAACAACCGCCAAGGCGAGCUUGCCAGCGUCCUUGAUGGCGGACGGCUGACAUCUGAACCGACCGCGGGCGAUGUGUCGCUCCCGAUGAAGUUGAUGGUGCCGGCUGAGAAUACGCAGACCGCCAUCGCAGUGAUCCAAUCGUGCUAUACGCUGGCGCUUUGCCUCAGCGAAAGCCUCAGGGCAGACUACAAAGAACUCCCUGGCGUGGAUGUGGGCAACGGAAAAGACGGCGACCGCUCCGCCGGAGAUGGAGAGGCAGCGGCGACGCCUCCCAGCAAGGGAGCAGGACAGAACACGGCAGCGGAAACGGCGACGAAAAUAAAACAGAGUAUCCUCCAGCUCUUGCUUGUUGGCGUUCGCCUCAGCAAGGACUUUGGCCAGCCCUGGCUGAUUUGCAACGGCGCCAUUCACUUCUGGAAUCUGCACAAGCACAUCCUGGAAAGCAGGUCGUUUGAGCGGACGAAGAAUUUCGCUCUGCUCGAGUGCGUGCAGGAGCUCCAGACGCAUCUCCUCAUCAAGUCUGCAGUGUUUCCCGCCCUGUCAAAGCAGUCCGUGAUUGAAGAGGCUGUAACUCGAGCGCUUCCUUUUCUGGGUCAGACCGGCUGCAAGGACUUUGUCGCCUCUCUCUUCGAAAGCGGAGUGGCUGCCUGCGCGACUCCCGGCUGGAUUGAGCAGCUGCUGAAAACGAAUCUCAGCUGCGGCGCCGCUGCCCCUCCUGCGCCAGCCGCCAAAGGCGGAAAGGGGGCGAAACAACCUCCUCCACAUCCUCGGCCCCCUUCUGAGAUCGCGGGCACCACCGGCGGCGAAAUCCAAGCGAUCUUUCUGAUGGAGCGAAUUGCGAAGGAGACCGACGUGCAAGUGAAAGAAGGUCUGGUCACGCGCUGCUACGACCUUAUUGAAGCAUUGGCUGAGGGCUCCGAACGCGACAGUGACCUGAAGGCGGAGCUGAAGGCCCGGCUGGCUGUCAGGACUUUCAGCGCGCCCGCAGUCUUCACCCAGCUCGCCCUGGCGUUCGCGCUGGAGGCCGUCGGGGAAGACUUCCACCAAGUGCCCUACACGGUGGCGCCCAACCUCAGCAGGAGGAGGCGACUCUGGAUCGGCAUAAGCCACACAGUCAUUGGUACAUGUCUCUCUGCUCUCCACUCAGACUGGUCCUCUCUGCAGGCGGCGCGUGGUCAGCGUCUGGCGCUACUGCAUUUGCUGCAAGCCUGCGAGUUCGCGAAGUCCACGCGGAGCCCAUCUCUUGCUCUUUUUGCGACGCGGAGUCUGUGGAACGUCGUGGUGCCGCUGCUGCGUGUCCCGGAGCUCUGCGCCGACGUGGUCACUGCACUGAAGAUUGCGGCGCCGAUCGCCGCUCUCGCUAGCCGCUCGGAGUCGCUUCCUACGCUCGUCAAGAUGUACUUUGCCCUCCUUGCGUGCCUGGCGGCCGGGAAGCAGUGGAGACAAGUCGUCGCGGUUGCGGACAAAGCGUUCCUGCAGCUGCCCAAACACGCACACGUGCAGGUCCUGAGGUUCCAGCUGCUGGCGGUGUGCGGGAAGGAAAAGCAUCCCUUCGUGGAGGUCAGCGAGAAGGUGAAGAGCGAGAGCAACUCGGAAGGCGAGCUGCUUCUGUUCUGCGCCCGCGCGCUGCCCGCGGGGCAUCCAGAUGCCGUGAAGCUCUACGAAAAAGCGAUCGAGGUCAUGGAAGCCGCUUCGGACAUCAAAGCUGCCGACGCGCACCUCGAGCUAGCCGAGCUCUGCGUCCUUUCCUCGGCGGCGUGGCAACAAGCCAGCAAACACAUCGAGGCCGCGCUAGCGCUUGCUGCCGAAGCGGAUGACAUGCAGCGGAGGCGCAGCUUCCUCAAGGCCUGCAAAUCUGAAAAGAUCGAAGCUGACGGGCGCCAGACCAGCUUCAUCGCCGGCCUGGGAUUCGACGUAUUCCAACGAGCAAAGACUUUGACAGCGCUGACAACGCCGAUCCCGGAAGACUUCGUGGCUGCCCUCACAGACGCUGUUACCGCCGUCGUGGAGCAAUCGGCGACUCGGGAAGACUGCGAUGAGGCAUGCGCCGAAAAGGCUGAAGACGCAGGUUCAAGCUCCGCGGACUCGGGAGACCAGGAGAACGAGCAGAGCCGCGUCGAGGAAGCGACACCUACCUCGGCAGACCCCCCAAGGCCAAGCUCUCUUCUUGACCUCAGAGAAAUGUCGAAAUUCCUGCCGUUAGAGAGGAAUCCACCGCCUUCCGAAGAUCCUGCAUGCGAUUUGAGUCCGCCCCCCGUGCAGAUGAACGCCCGAGGGUACCCCAGCUCGCGGGAACAACGGUGGUUUGAAAACUAUUGCCUCACUGUCCACGCCUCCCGCAAACUGCAGCAUCUGUUGCUCCAGCUGGGCCUCGAGACCUGGGUUAUUCCGCUUCUGCAUCGCCACGCCGAGCUGGUGCGCACGGCUGAGUCCAACCUGGGAUGGCCACUCGAUAGCGACUUCCUUCACCUCGAGCAAGCACUUCUGAGCCUGCGCCUCGCGAGGGCGUUUCAUAGCUGCGAGAGUGCCGCAGGAGGGACGGAAAUGCCUCUGGGCUCAACCGGUCCUCUGGUGGAUGCGACGCUGGCUGCGCUUGACCGGCUUCUGCCGGCAGUUUUGAGGCUCCGAGCUACGCAGCCCGAGGUCUUCGCCGCGGGGUUCGAGGGGCAGGCCGCGGCGUGUGUCUACGCGGAGCAGUUUCAACAGGCGUCGGCUUCGCAGCUGUUUGUAGAUCUCGCCGAGGAGUUCUUCCUCUAUGGAGAAAGCCGCGCGGCAUCGGAGUUUGCCCGCGCAGCCAUUCGAAAAGCUGAAAACGAGGCGCCGCCGGCCGACCACGAAGUCAUCCUCCGCGCCAUCGGCUGCCUGAGCGCCAUAACGCGCUCCGAGGGACGCGGCGACUCAGCGUGGGCUUUGCUACGCCCGUUCCUAAGUCCCGAUUCAGCGUUGGAGAGACUGUCGCGGCCCGCUCUCGCCGCAGUUGCGGAGACGCUCGCAAUGGCGCAGCCGCGGUCAGGCGCACAGCCUGCUUCUGAUCCACUGCUGCCAGAGGUUAUUCAGGGCCUGGUGGAGGGCGAGCGCCGCUGUCGCGCGAAGGAGCCGCCUCCUUUGGAGCCGCAGAAGCCACGUUCUAACGGUCUCCCCGCGACCGAGCCCAGCACGUCGCGGGUCAGCGAGUCCGACGCGAGGCCCAGAGGGACAGGUGACCCGAUGCUCGACAGGGAGCGGCCCGCGGGGCCCCCGGCGCUCCACAGCCUGUGCGCCGCUCGGCUGCAGUUGCUGACGGCCGAUCGCGUGCUCGCGGAGAAGCAACGCAGCGCAAGGCAUGCAGCCUCACCGAAAACCCUCCUGGCAGCAAUCGCCGCCGAGGUUUUCCCCCUUGUCGGAGAGGUGGUGGAAGCGCACCUCUGUUCCCCCCUGAUGGUGUUCCUUGUCUCGAGACUGCUACCCUUCUUCGAGAAAACAGCCGACAUCGCCGAAGGCUGUCUUCAAGCCCCCGACUUCGAGGCCGCUUCUCACGAAGAGUCCUCCGCGGAGCAACUUUGGGCGUCGUUUCGGAGCGUGGACGCGAUACACGCAGCCGAGGGCGCGGCGCUGACUGACUUCCUAGUUCAGCUUCAGCGCAUGGCCUCUCUUGUCGCCGACCGAAUCGGCGCGCCGAGCCUUCAGCGCGGCUGUCGCCUGGGGCCCCCGGAGCUCGCGUCGACGCUGCAUCGUUCAAUCGAGUUUUUCGCGGUCGCUCGGGCGCGCCUGGAGCGGCUCUACCACCACUCGCAUCUGGUGAGAGAGUUUUCGCCGACAGUCUCCAGGUGCCGCAUGGUGUGCCUGUCGUCGUGCGCGCGGGCAAUGAAAGUCAUCCUGGCCGCCUCUCAAGAGCAAAGCGCCGUGACCGCAUGGCUUCGAAAGACCACCCGUCAACUCCACCACGACGCGGGAAAAGUUGCGGAAGCGAAGAGCCGUUUGAGCGCCGCUCUCAGAAGCAUCACUGGCCUGAGCUCGUUCCCGCUGCGUGCGCUGAGUGACAAAGCUGAGAAGGAUGUCUGCGACUGCGCGCGAAAAGGGCUUGAGAGUGUCGGGGGAGACGCCAGCACGUCUGUCGGUUUCGGGUUGAACGCAAUGGAAAUAUCGUUCCUGAGCGAAGUGGCGCUGCUGAACCUCUACAUCGCUCGGGCUGAACAAGAAAUGAUGCAAAUGGAGAGUGCUGGAGACUCCAAGACCGACUCUGCUUUUGAAGUUUGGGAGGCGCAUACCGCAUCCUCGUGCGGGCAAUUGCAAAUGGUGACAGAGGACUGUCGGAGUUUCCUACUCGAGGGCCCAGAUGAUGUGUCAUCUCCUCUGCAUCUACGGGGGGGGAAUAAGACCGAAAGCAAGUCAGAAAAAACGUUUCACUACGCGAUGAUCCUGCACGCGCUCCACACGCUGCGGCAGGCGGAGUGGCUCCACAGCUCCUUGUCAGAUCCAACCGUCUUUGAGAACGUAUGCGAAAAUGAACUGCGGCGCAUCCGUGAGGCUUGGAUCCACCCCAGGAGAGUCCCGCGGGCGCAGCAGCUGGAGGCAUACCUUUCUCAGAAACGCCCCUUCUGGAGAAUUCAAAGGAACUUGCUGACCCUGCCCUCCAGCUUCAUUCUUCAGCAGGUUUGUCCGCGGCAGCUCUGUGUCGCCUCACUGCAACACCGAGGCCACGCGCUGCAGCUGAGCGCUGCCGUCACCCUUCAUGCGCUGGAGGGAGAUAGAGGCCCGGAUUCGGUUCGCUAUUUCGCGGAGAGGCUGGCGCUCCCCCCGCAGCUGCAGAUGCAAGACCCCCCAGAAGAGAACGGCACCCACGACCACAUCGAGGCGUUUAUGGUGCACCUGUUGGAGAACCUCGAGCUGCGGCUGAAGCGGAUGUGGUUCCAAGAGAGAGUUCAGUCCAUCCACGACAACAGGGCCUGCAGAGAUUGUGCUCCCCAGCACCUUCUCCUGUUGCUAGACCCCUGCCUCGUCCGGUAUCCGUUUGAAAAGUUCCCAGUUAUUACCAGGCUCUUCGGUCCCCACGUCUCGAGAGACUACAGCCUUCACCUCUUUGUUUACAGAAUGCUGCAGGCUGAAGCCUCCUUCUCCAUGCCCAACAGGAGAUCAGUGACCGACAUGCGCCUGCAGUUUGCACGCGACAGUGUGACCGUUUUAGGCGAUCCGCGCGUAGGAGACAGCGAGAGAGCGCGUUCAUCCGCACAAAUUAAUAAGCCAAAGGACCUCGACCAGCCGGCGUCACCACAGGAGCUUCACGCCUCCGAUCGGUGCCUGAUUCAACGUGCAAACUACACCAUGGAGGAUUUCACCGACUUCGUGUGCACUCAAAGUCCUCAAGUCGUGUGGACGCCGUCCUUCGAGCUGCUCUUGCAGAGAGGCAUUGAUCCCUCGUUCCUGGUGGAUCUCGAUAUGAGUCAUUUAAUACUCGUUGGGAGCCUCGACUGGACCUCGCACAAGACUGCCGUUCAUCAAGAGAGCCGACAACAUUCCACCCCCGCCCAGAGAGCUCUCUUCGCGCGGAGACACUGCGACUUGGCGCUCCUCCUCUCUAUGCAAGGUGUCAGUACCGUUGUUUUGAGCGACGAAAGUUCUACACCCAAGGCUGACGCUCGACAAGGCAUGCGGAUUCUGAACGAAUUACUCAAAGGCCAGCCAUCGCUUAUGAACAUUGUGUAA